AUGCCUUUCUUUGCCUAAAAGUGAAGCUUUUUUAUGCGCAAGACAAAUUACAUAUUCUUAGUAUGUGAUCGGAUUAAAGAAAAAAUGAAGUGCAAUAAGCAUAAAUACCUAAAUCUGGAAGCCCCACCCUUGCAAAAUCGGAAGUUGGACUUCCAUCUAUUUCUGGUGUAAACUUUGAACUCAGAAGGCAAGGCAGAGAGAGAAGGAGGGUGAGGGAGACGGGGGAGUUCAAAGCGGAGCCGUUCAUUCAUCGCUUGCUCGGCUUUGAUUGUUGGGGGGAAGAUGUCUUCAAAACGUGAAUCUAGGAAGAAAAUUGGCGAAAAUUCUGGAAGUGGGAAGUUAUUAAAUGACAUUGAAACCAUCAGUAAAGCCUUACAUCUGGAUAAAACCCAGCCCAGAUUAUUAAUGUCUACUGUGAGCAGUCGUUCCAAAUCAAUUGGAAAAGCUGACUUACCUGAAUCAAAACCCAAAACGAAGGCCACCAACAAGGAUUUGUUAGAGAAGGACUCUAAGAAGUCCAUUUGGAGUUGGAAGGGAAUUAAGGCAUUAGCCAAUGUUAGAAACCGGACAUUCAAUUGUUGUUUCACCCUCCAAGUUCACUCCGUUGAAGGCUUGCCGGUGAUGUUCGAUGGCCUUAAACUAGUUGUGCACUGGAAGAGACGAGAUGGAGAGAUGAUGACUCACCCAGUUCGGGUUCUUCAAGGGGUAGCUGAGUUUGAAGAACAGUUGACGUAUUCAUGUUCUAUUCACGGGAGUGGAAAUGGGCCGGACCAUUCUGCAAAAUAUGAGGCUAAGCAUUUCUUGUUGUACGUUUCUGUUUACAGUUAUCCUGAAAUGGAUUUAGGGAAGCACCGGGUGGAUCUCGCCAGAUUACUGCCACUUACUUUAGAGGAAUUGGAAGAUGAGAAGAGCUCUGGAAAGUGGACUACUAGUUACAGGUUAUCAGGGAAGGCUAAGGGCGCAAAUGUAAAUGUAAGUUUUGGGUAUUAUGUACUUCAUGGAAAUGAUUCUACCAAGCAGGAAGUUUGUGAGAAGCAGACAACCUUAGAAAGGCGUCCCAGGAGCCUGCCAGCAACUUCUGCUGCUUCAAAAUGGUCGGCUGAAGACAUAAAGGAUCUUCAUGAGGUUUCUGUGUCAAUGUCAGACCUGUCUGAGUCAGUGAAUGUGCUUUACAGGAAACUUGAUGAAGAGAAGUUAGAUGUAUCAUCAGUUAAUGAGAAACCUGAGUCUGAUGUAGCGACGAAUGAUGAUUCAGAGUCAUUAAAACCGGAUUUAAAGAAAAACUCUGAAAAUGAAUGUGAAAUUGGCAAGUUUUCCUUUAUGGACCAACCAUUAGAACUUUCUUUUAAGGAACAGGAAAAACAAGAAACUCAAAUUGUUGAUUCUGUAAAAGGCUGUCUUGAAUCUGACAAUUCUCUUGAGGUCUCUAUUGAAGAAAUCUUGCCUGGAGAAAUCAAAGAUGAAUUUUAUGAAUGUGAUUUGGAAGUCAAAGAUCAGAGUAAAUGCACCAAAGAAUCAAUUAUGGACGAAUUGGAUUCUGCAUUGGCCAUCCUCUCAAACAUUGAAAAUGAAGGGUCAGAUUCCCAAUAUGACAGUGAAAUAUUAAAUCAAGAAAGUUAUACACCAGUCAAGAAAGGGAAAUCCCACAGCCUAGAUGAUGUGACACAAUCCGUGGCCACUGACUUUCUUGACAUGCUUGGUAUAGAGCAUAGCCCGUUCGGCAUUAUGAGUUCUGAAAGUGAGCCGGAUUCACCCAGAGAGCGGCUAUUGAGGCAAUUCGAGAAGGAUGCUCUUGCCACAGGCUGUUCCUUGUUUAACAGUGGUGAAAUAGAUAUUAGGAAUUCUAUUGAGGACUUUGAUUUCUUCCCAGCCGCCGCUGAGUCUUAUAAUGUUCCUACACCACCUAAGAUAGAAACAGAGACAAGAAACAGAACAAAGGCAUCUAUGUUGGAGGAUCUGGAGACAGAGGUUUUGAUGCACGAAUGGGGUCUCAAUGAAAGAGCUUUUCAUCAUUCCCCUCCUAAAAGCUCAGGUGGAUUUGGCAGCCCGAUUGACGUACAACCACAUGAUGAUGCUGAUGGAUUACCCUCUCUUGGAGAAGGGUUAGGUCCCUUUCUUCAGACCAAAGACGGAGGCUUUCUACGUUCGAUGAACCCCGGUCUUUUUAAUAAGACGAAAAGUGGUGGGAAGCUGAGCAUGCAGGUGUCUAAGCCGGUGGUGGUCCCAGCAGAGAUGGGGUCUGGUGUCAUGGACAUAUUGCAGCAUUUGGCUGCCAUUGGUAUUGAGAAACUAUCAAUGCAAGCUAAUAAGUUGAUGCCGUUGGAAGAUAUAACUGGGAAGACUGUGCAACAAAUUGCUUGGGAGGCAACUUCCACCUUGGAAGGAUCUGAAAGACAUGGGGAAUUUGAUGCAAGCCAAAGCAUGUCAAGUGCCUCGGAGGCAAUUAAAGGGAAUCUGCAUGAGUAUGGCCGACGGUCUAUCGGAAACAAACAGGAAGCAGAAUACCUUUCCCUGGAAGAUGUUGCUCCUUUGGCCACUGACAAAAUCGAAUCCCUUUUAAUUGAGGGUUUGAGAAUACAAUCGGACAUGUCAAACGAGGACGCACCUUCCAACAUAACCCCCCCACAGCCAGCUUUUGAGGGUAUGGUCAGUUUCGGCGGGUCCACUGGUCUGGAAGGAGUGGGUGGGUUACACCUUCUCGACAUCAAAGACGCCGCUACCUGUGAUGACAAAGAUGACAUAGAUGGGUUGAUGGGGCUGUCUUUAUCCCUUGAUGAGUGGAUGAAAUUAGAUUCUGGAGAGAUCUACGAUGAGGAUGAAGUCACCGAACGUACCUCGAAGCUGCUCGCGGCUCACCAUGCUACUUCGAUGGAGCUGAUACGCGGAGGAUCAAAAGGACGCGGCAGUAAGGGAAAGAGGAAGUCGUUCGGUUUGUUGGGGAACAACUUCACAGUGGCAUUGAUGGUUCAGCUCCGCGAUCCUUUGAGAGACUAUGAGCCGGUUGGACGACCCAUGCUUGCCCUUGUUCAGGUGGAAAGAGAAUUCCUGCCACCUAAGCCUAGGAUCUACUCUUCCGUGUACGAACUUAGAAGCAAUAACAAUGGUGGAGAUGGAGAAAAAGACGAGAAAGAAGAAGAAAAAGAAGAAAAAGAAGAAGAAAUGGUAGCAGUUUCUGGAAUUUUGAAAGAGGAGGAACAACAUUUAGUGCCGCAGUACAAAAUAACAGAAGUGCAUGUUGCAGGAUUAAACAGUGAUGAGGGAGUUAAGAAGAAAAAGCCAUGGGGGUGGGGGUCCACGACUCAGCAACAGAGUGGGUCUCGUUGGUUGCUCGCCAAUGGGAUGGCAAAGAAGAACAACAAACACCCAAUUCUGAAGUCAAAAGGUGGUGGAGGUGGUGGUAAUAAAGGGGCAGCUUCUUCAAAUCCAGGGGGGACAACGAUUACUGUAAAGCCCGGAGAAACUCUGUGGAGUGUCUCGUCCCGUGUGUAUGGAACGGGGAGUAGAUGGAAGGAGAUUGCUGCUUUGAAUCCUCAUAUCCGGAAUCCUAAUGUCAUCAUCCCAAAUGAAACAAUCAGAUUGAUGUAGCAAGGACGAAGGUGUAAUGAUUUUGCAAAAUAAACAAAGGCAAGCUGCAUGGGAGAUAUUAUGAAUUGAUAGGCCUUCAUCUGGGAAAGAUGGAUUGAGUGAUAGGUUUCGUUUGUUUCGGGAAACAAUUUGUGGUCAUUAUUCUUUUGGCCCUUCUGCACAUGCAUUUUGAAUAUGUUUUUUUUUGGGUUGCAAGAAAAAGUGUAUGCCGCUCUGGUGUUUAUCAUUAUUUCAGAAUGUUAAUACAUGCUUGUAUUAUUGAAAAAAUAUCCAUUUUUUGUCAUUAUUUGCCUGAACCUUAAAUCUUUUGAAAUUUGUUGAGGUGCUUGUUGUGGUGGACAAAUAAACUUGGUUUGGUUGAUGCUACUUCUAUGGAC